GUGGUCCUGCUAGGCCGCAACUACGGUGUCCUCAGACGGCCAACCCCACCCCUACCUCGGAACUCGCUGGGUGGGAGUGCCACUCCUGGUCCGGCUCCAGUGACGUAAUGCAGCAUGACCACCAUGACACAGUCACAUUACCUGGAAGGCCAGGCCUACUCUGUGCCCUUGAUCCAGCCAGAUCUCCGAAGAGAAGAGGCUAUCCAGCAGGUGGCAGAUGCCUUACAGUACCUCCAGAAGGUCUCUGGUGACAUCUUCAGCAGGAUUUCCCAACGGGUAGAAAUGAGCCGGAGCCAGCUGCAGGUCAUUGGACAGAGAGUCUCUCUGGCUCAGGCCAAGAUUGAGAAGAUCAAGGGCAGCAAGAAGGCAAUCAAGGUGUUCUCUAGUGCCAAGUAUCCAGCCCCAGAUAGACUGCAGGAGUACAACUCCAUCUUCGAAGGAGCCCAGGAUCCUGGGUCUCAGAGGCGCAUCCGACACAAGAUCCAGAGCAAGCACCGACCCCUAGAUGAAAGGGCCCUGCAGGAAAAACUGAAGUACUUCCCUGUGUGUGUGAGCACCAGACCCCAGCCUGAAGAUGAGGCCGAGGAGGGACUUGGGGGCCUUCCCAGCAACAUCAACUCCCUCAGCUCCUUGCUGCUCUUCAACACCACUGAGAACCUGUACAAGAAGUAUGUCUUUCUGGACCCUCUGGCUGGGGCUGUGACAAAGACUCAUGUGACACUAGGGACAGAGACUGAGAAGUUGUUUGAUGCCCCCUUGUCCAUCAGCAAGAGGGAACAACUGGAGCAGCAGGUAGCAGAGAAUUACUUUUAUGUACCAGAUCUGGGCCAGGUGCCUGAGAUCGAUGUGCCAUCCUACCUUCCUGAUCUUCCUGGCAUUGCUGAUGACCUCAUGUACAGUGCUGACCUAGGCCCUGGCAUAGCACCUUCUGCCCCUGGCACUAUUCCUGAGCUACCCACCUUCAACACUGAGCUUGCUGAGCCAUUUAAGCCAGAACUAGAUGGUGAAACACCAGUAGCACCCCCACCACCUCCACCUCCACCACCUCCUCCUCCACCAGCCCCUGCAGUAUUGGUCAGUGCGCCUCCACCCCCACCUCUGCCCCAGCUCACCUCCGCCCAGUCAGCCAGUGAGGACAACAGCAGCAUGUCUCCUUCAGUUGCAGUUCACAUACCCCCCAAGGAAGUAGUAGAUCCUUCCAGUGGACGGGCAACCCUGCUAGAGUCAAUCCGCCAGGCGGGAGGUAUUGGCAAGGCAAAGCUACGGAGUGUGAAGGAGCGAAAGCUGGAGAAGAAGAAGCAGAAGGAACAGGAACAGGUGAGAGCCACAAGCCAAGGUGGUGACCUAAUGUCAGAUCUCUUCAACAAACUAGUCAUGAGGCGCAAAGGCAUCUCAGGGAAAGGACCUGGGGCAAGCACUGGGGAAGGCCCUGGGGGAGCCUUUGCCCGAAUGUCAGACUCAAUUCCACCCCUACCAAUGCUGCAACAACCACCUGGAGAGGAAGAUGAGGAUGAAUGGGAGUCAUAGGAAGGCCCCUGCUUUCCUUGAAAGUCACACCUGAGCUGUUGCCCCAAGUCAGAUGAAAUAUGGACAUCUUUACAGUUUAACCCUGAUUUAGUUCUUAUUAAAGGUUCCUCAGUUCAUCCUGGA